UCGUCUCCCAAGCUGGCUCUCUUCGGCUCUCCCCAGCAUCUCUUGCCUUCCCCCUCCUCGGCUGAGCCUGCUUUUACCGCGUCCAUCGUUGCUGCCGCAGAUUGUCAUUGUAAAAGCUGCGUUCAAAUCCCAAGGGUGCGAGUGGCGAUUGUGCUCGGAAACCAUGGCAAUAAUAUGAUGAUCAUUCUGCCACGGAGGGAUAAUUGUCAUUUUCAUUUUCGACUAGGCGGGCUAGGCCGCAGCGCGCACAAGACAGCCCAAACCUAACAACACUUCGGCACGUAACGGUCAUUGGAGUUGGCGAGUUGUUUUUACUGGCGCUUUACUGCUGUUGUAGUAAUGGUGACAAUGUACGCAAACGGGGAUCGUGUUGGAUGUGUAUUUGAAGAUGUUUCUGUGGGAAUUCCGCGUACAGAUGGGCUGAGAUUCGGAGAAUAGCUCAAGUAUCGACGAAAUUGAUUCUGCGGGAAGCGUUUAAAAUAAGCCCCGAGCUUUGCGACUGCCAUCCACUUUGGUGGUCAAUUAGUACGAUUGCGAUGCUGUAUUAUUUUUUUUAUUGCGUCGCCAUCUUUGUAGAAAAACGCCACGGAAUGUCUUCAGUGAAUUCGAAAGCCUCUGUUCAACUUCCAAGGCAUGGUCUUCAUUCAUUCCCAUGUCUAUAGUGUUUGCGUGAUACGGUGAAGGGCGACAGGGGAGAGGUUGUGAUUCUGGCAUCGCCGCUAGUCUGCAGUUAGAUCACUUUUUGUUUGAAUCGUACGUCAUUUCAGACCCGCUAGAAUGCGUUGUCAGUGUGACUGCUACACGGCCAACCGCCCUUGAUGUGAAUACAUAUUGCACUUUCUUCUUCGCCCAGCAGAAGGCAUGGCCAACGCCUCUCCCGUCAUUUCAAGUUGCAUCGGAUAUAAUGUUUGUUGAUAUUUUUAUUGUCGGUACAAGAAGGAGGAAGAGACGCCCCUAUGCAUUGACUGCUGAACCCAGGACUGGCGUAAAGCGGCACUGAGCAGUCCGCUAGCAGGUAUGGCGCGGGGAAAAUGCUGCGCGGCCAUCCAUCUGAAAGAGGACAAUGCACGCUUCGUGCUCCUUAUCUUGUCCUUGCUUGUCUACAUGCUCCUUGGGGCCGAGAUUUUCUCACUGAUCGAGCACGACCAGGAGCUGCUGGACCGAAAAUCUUUCAACGCCACCAUGGAAGAAUUUAAAGCAAAAUAUGGCCACCUGAUCAAUGAUUCCGAAUUGACGAAAAUAUUGAAAGUGUACUCCGAAGCCGACAAGAAGGGGUUUCUUGCCACGAAGAGGGAUCGAUGGGAUUUUUCCGGUGCCUUUUAUUUUGUGUGCACCGUUAUCUCGACAAUUGGGUUUGGUAUGACCUCCCCGACCACUCCGCUGGGGAAAGUGUCUCUUAUUAUCUACGGCCUUCCCGGCUGCGCAGCCUGCAUCCUCUUCUAUAACCUGUUCCUAGAGCGCCUGAUCACCUUCCUCGCCUUUAUCAUGAAAAAGUGUCACGAGCGGAAGGUCCGCCGGGAAAAGAACCAGAACGGCCUGCCCAACCUGGCCAGGAGGCCCUCUCAACAGUCCGAUGACAACUUGGACAACUGGAAGCCCUCCGUCUAUUACGUGCUGUUGUACCUGUGCAUUGCCUCAACUAUUAUCGCCUGCGUGGCCUCCGCCAUGUACGCGCCAAUCGAGGAAUGGGAUUACGGGGACAGCAUAUAUUUCUGCUUUGUGGCUUUCAGCACCAUUGGCUUCGGGGACUUGGUAACGAGCCAGAAAAAAAUGUACGACCAGCAGAUCCUUUACCGGUUUGGGAAUUUCGUGUUCCUGACGGCUGGUGUGUGCUGUAUAUACUCGCUGUACAACGUGGUAUCCAUUGUUAUCAAGCAACUCCUGAACUGGGUCCUCAAGAAACUGGAAUGUCGCUGCUGCCACCGGAGGAAACCGAGACCGAGGCGCAACGCCAUCACGCCUGGCCACUUGCAACGGCAGGUGAACUCGGCCAACAAGCAGCAGCAGCAACAACAACAAGCCAACGGCGUAGACAUCACCGACGUGGACAGCAACUACGACAGCGAGACGGACGGACGUCGCAUGUCCGGCGAGAUGAUCAGCAUGAAGGACUUUCUGGCCGCCAACAAGGUCUCGUUGGCUGUCAUGCAAAAACAGCUUUACGAGACCUCUCAGCACAGGAAACAUCACGCGAGCAGCAACGGUGCUUUCGGCCAAGGGGUGGGAGGACUAGCAAUGUUAAAUAACAAGUUACAGGAGACGGAACGGAGAGACUGACACGUGGACAACGAUGGAUAUCUUUAAGUCGGUUCUCGUGGACGUCAUUUCGUAGUAUUAGAUUACAAAACCAAGACGAUUACUUCUGUAUUGCACGACUCUACGAUCAAACGAUUUGUGUACACAUUCAGGACGUUUUGUAGAAAUGAUGGAGUUGUUUUCGUUUUGACGAAGCAAAACGACGAAGAAUCGGAAAUACAGGAAUCUCCGCCUGAAAGCCGAGGACAAACCCUCGAACAACCCCCCUCCAAAAAUGCACCCUUUUCCCGUUUGCCUGUUUGGUGAACGCAUAGUGUUUGCAGAUCAGAUGGUCCUCGCUCAGAGACACCGAGAACAAAAUACCUGAGUCUCUCCAUCAGCAACGACAGUCGAGAUGGCAUCUGUUGACAUUAUCUCUCAGACUGGAAAAUAAUAUUUCAGAUGACGGAAAAUCUAUACCCGCAUGUCACCCAGAUUCAAACCUCUGGGAUCAUCUCGGUAUAAAAAGUAAUUUACUGGUUACGGAGAACGUGCUAGAAGCUACGUUUUCCUUCGUGGACGAUAUUCAGAAAGAUGCGGACUAACAAACAUCCGGCACCAGUCGAUCACCUCUGGUAAUGAAAAUACAUCACUUGCUGUUUGUUUCUUCGAGGACUCGCCCAUAACGUGGAAUUUCGCAAGAUAUUCCCUGGCCAAAGUAUUGUUUUCAUUUCAAUCACAGCAUCUUCCGUCAAAAUUAGUCUCUCAAAGGCCUGUGCGUGUUUAAUUUAUUAUGUGUUUUCUUCACCCUCAAAGUUUGCAGUUAGCAGAUUUGUGACCGUUUGCGAAAUAAAAAAAAAACAAGCUUAAACGGAAUUGCAUUGUUUCCGUCAUCACGGAACAAUUGCCGUGACCUAACUCUUAACACUGAGAGAUCCCACCCUCCCGAUGAGAGUGCAGGCGAAAGAAACUAAAAAUCGGACAGAACAUUCAGAAAAGAAAUCGGACUUGACGAAAACGCAUGCAUUCCACUUAAGCUGGUGAGACGCCCAAUUGUUCAGUAUGCAAAGAACAUUCGUGAAUAUGCCAAAGAGAAGCCUGGCUUGUAUAACAAAUGACAACGGGCCACUAUCCUUAAUGCACCGCCAGUGCUCGGUCCUAAAACAGGAUUUUGAUGCUCCUUAGUGUAGCGCCGAAUUCGUGCAACCAGGCAAGACGGAUACGCUUUAAAGAUACACUUACUGCGAAUAUUUCUAGAGUUUCUAUCGUCGCAUACAAAACAGUCCAUUUCUCGUUUACUCGGACGACUUUGGAUAUUCAAAUGUUUCUCACAACAGUCCAGUAGACUAAAAGCGACCAGCACUUCUCUGGGCAUGACGGCCUCUGUUAUGACAAACAACACUAAAUAUUAUAUUUCAUGCAAGAUUGCUAGCUUUUUUGUAGCUGUAAUCAAAAUUCAAAGUUUUGUAAUAAGUGGCCUUAACAUUUUUCAAGUUAUAUAUGUAUAUAUCACUCUGUACUAUUCUAAUCAAAAUGUAAAUGCCUUUGUAAAUCAAGUUGUACUUCUAGGUUGCACUCAAACGUUUCAAGAUUAGGACUUAACGUUAGUUUCAGCAGUACACGUACGACAAUAAUUCUCUCUACAGUACUAAAUAAUGGUAAUGUGAAGAGCUAAAUUCACGAGGCCAGGAAAACAAAUAAGUGUACGAAUCUUAUUCUAGACUGGAUGGUACAAAAGUGCAGUUCUCUUGAGACUUAAGAAAUAUUUGAUGAUUAGAUAGCGGAGCUGUAAUCACAACUGGUCUUUAUGGCCUGUAAGCGAAAAGAUGAAUCGAUAAAAAUGGACAGAGAAGGCAUAAUGUCAAUAUUUGACGGAACAUUUUCGCACGUUUUUGAUGUCAUAAAAGGGGCUUACAGUGCCCACAAAAUGAUUCACUACUAGACCUGCUCGUCAGUGAACUUUACCAGAAAAUGGAGAAUCCAGACUUUGUAUAUAGCUUCUGUGAAAAAAAUGAACAUUCUGUCUUAUUAUUAUUAUUAUUACGAUUCCAUGGUAAAUAUUAUAUCCACGAGUGUAUGACA